AUGCUUGCCGUCUUCCAGGAGGCUCUACCUGGUGAAGGCACCGUACAGCAGUCUAGUCCUCCGUCUCCAGGCUCUCCCCCUGCUGAUGAUGGUGAUGGUCGUGGUGAAUCCCCGAAUGCUGUUAUUGACGAUAGCGCGUCUGGUCCUGCUGUACGAUAUUCGCUCGCCCCUGGUUCUUCUUGGACUUCCAUAAGUGAAGCUGAGGAGAAUGCCGUUGUGGAGACGCCCCUGGUGAACUACACAAGACUGCCUCCACUAAACUUGCAAACUAUUGGUUAUGAUUUCUUCACCAGGCAAGGAGUACCCGUUAAAUGGAUGACAGGAGUUGAUGUAAGCCCUCGAGCUUGUAUACCGUUCGAGUCGGAGAGUGGCGAGAAGAUGAUGUUCACUCCGAUAAGUGCUGGGAUAGGAGGCGAGAGUAUAAAUGGUCGUAUGAUGAUGUACAUGGUCCAGUACGGGGCUACUGAGAGGAGCUGCAGAGCUCUGGUGGAAGUACUCACGCUCACUCCAGUCUACUAUGCAGAUUAUGAUGUUGAUGAUGAAAAUGAACAAACUAUCCUCGUAAAGGAAGAUAAGAAGAUAUUGACCGAGUUAACGAAGGUUGUUGGAACGAAGAAGGGUGUUGACCUGUUGAGUAUUGGGAGGAAUGGGAAGUUUUGGUAUGCAAUGAUGAUGGAGAGUAGGGAGAUCGAGACGCUAUUUGAGACUAUCGAGGUGUCGAUGUGUGACACAUCAUGUGUCCUUUCUGGAAUGAUGCUAGGGCCAACUGUCAUCAUCGGUCUGGCCUACUGCGUGGCUGUAUUCGUGUUGGGGUCCAGCGAGAUGUCGGGAGGGCACGGCAGUUUCCAACGCCGACUAAAGAUUAGUGAUGUUGACAUUGUCGUUCAAGAUUGGGACAAUGCUGAUACUUUCCCAGAGAGUGUUCUUAUUAGAACGCCUUCAUCGUAUGCGGUGGCGAAGGAGGCGGAUCAGAUCCAAGCCGUUCAGCAGAUCUGCGACCAACCAGUCACUCCAGAGCCUGCUGCGGUUUCGGAUAGAGCCGAGAUACCCCUGUGCCGUAUUAGAGUCACGACACCACCUCGGGCGGGGUACGACAAGGAGAGUGGGGAGUAUGUGAUUUUCAUCGAAGGAGUGGUCGCUGAGAAGGACACUAGGAUGACGAUGGACACUACCUAUGAGAAAACAGAUCUUGGAAAAAGACUUUUUGUUUCGCAUUUUACGACGCUCUUUCAUCUGUAUCAUGAGCAUUCUGGUGAAGGUGAUACGAAAAUCCCGGCCACCUCGAUGCGAUGGUUGAUGGAGGCCGGCCAGUCGUGGUGGAAACCUCUUGACGAGAAAAUGAGCCUCCAGGACUUGGGCCUCAGCAUAGAGCUCGGUGGGGGUGUUCAAGGCUUGGGGAGGAAGGGACAACCAUUCGAUAUAGAGUGGUACAGUGCUCACGAGGAGACCAUCGGGGUGCGGAGCUUCGUGAAGGAGGAUGUGAUGGCUCCUCCUGUAGAGGGAGAAGAGGUUGGGUCGUCAUCUUUGGGGGCCGCUUUCAAGAGAUCUAGUGAUGUUGGGGAAAGAGUGGUAGGGGGAUUGAUUAUGGAAAAAAGGGAGGAGGGUGGCGUUGUUGGUCAGGAUGAGGGAGAGUAUGCGGCGGCGGCCUUUUCGGCAUCGAGUUCUGAAGCUAUUGAUGAAGAUGAUGAUAAUGAUGAUGAUGAUUCGACAGUUUCUGUGGGGGGAGGAGAGGAGACCGGUGAAGAGGAGGAAGAGAAGGAGGCCUCUAAGGAGUUGGAUGCUGAGGCUUCGUGUGUCCCCAGUGGGGAGUCGGCUUGUCCUCCUGUUGGGGAUGGUGAUGUGGAUGAGGGCAAUGAGGAGGGGAAGUCGGGGGAGGUCUUCUGGGGGCUCUUUAUAGAUGAGGAGGAGAAGGAGAACAACAACCAGCAGCAGCAGCAGCAGCAAGGGGAAGAGGAAGACCCUCCAAAGGUCCAGACUCCUCAGACACAUACGACGAUUACGCCGAAGAGGAGGAAACUGCGGCAGCAUAGGGUCAGCGUUAUAAUCCCCAAGGACGCCUUCAUCCCCACUGAGCUGCGUUACCACGGCCUAGUCCCUCUCAUCGAUGACAAGGUCAGCAGUAGUCUGUUGCCUAGUGGGGAGCUGAGGUCUAGUAAGCUGUGGAGGAAGUGCAAGAGGCAACCGUCGAAGGUCACUGUGAAGGGCGGAAACUGGUUGACGGUUGGUAACGUUGCAAGCGGUUCUCUUAUGGUCACCUUUCCUCACUUGACCAAGACUUACGCGAUAGAGGCUGAUAUUAAAUUUGGGGGGCAGCAGAGGAAUGUGGACCUACCUGAGGAAGUGCUGGCCAUUCUGGGGGUCACUGAAACGGAGUCUUUCCCUGAUCUCAACGAGAGAUAUAAGGGGAAACGGUACAAUGUUAUUAUGGAGCUCGACCCCCACCAGGAGAUUCCUAAGACUCUCCUUGAUAAAGGCUUGGACCCUUAUGCUCAGCGGGGCGCGAUUUUACGGAGGGAUGGUAUCAUUGAAACCCAUCUUUUUCCCAAAAUUGAUGACGAGAAAAGUAUAUUGGCUCACCCGGAAGUUCGACUCGUCGGUGGUUCGUGGAAGUACAAAGAGAGUCGAGCCACGGGGAAAGUCCAAGUUCACUAUCGAGAUGUUCAGCCUGUUUUGGAAGUCCGAUUGCAGUUCCCCAACGAUGAAGUUCCGGACGAUGCUCUGGCCUUCCUAGGGGUACUUGGGGUGAAGAUUGAGAAAAAGACUCUUUUAGAGAGGGCAGCGAGGAAGACCGGCAAGAUACUGGGCACUAUCAAGGCACCUCCUCCACGGGUGUUUGGUUUUGACCCGACUCGAAAGUAUAUUGGGAAAAAAACUAAAGUUCUAGUGACAAUAGCGAAGUCGACCUCGAUAUCUGGGCCGCAGCUGACAGCAAUGAGAGAGGACCUAGGGCUGGCACCACCGAGAAAAGGAUUAGAAAUGGAGGGCUGGCUGAGGGAGGAUGGUAUCAUUCUCUCUAAUGUGUUUGCGCCCAUGAAGAGGGACAAGUUGUAUUACGCUGAGAUAAUAAAAGGAACGUGGAUGACGAAGGGCCGGCAUAAUGCUUGGGGUAAGGCGAGAGUACGGUAUGGGCAGAAGGUCUCACCUGUUAUGGACAUACAGUUGAAGUUCCCUAAGGGUAUUCCUAACAAGGCAUUCAGGGCUCUCGAGAUGAAGUCCCGUAACGGUGCUAUGGAAGUGAGCAAUAGGGCGAGUACCAGAUGA